AUGAGUUUGAAGGAACCCAGUGAUAGUUUGGACUCACCACGGUUUGUGGACGCUCCCGCAAUGCAGGACUCAUCGGUAAAGGCCAAAGCAACUGCGACCAAAGCUAUUGGACCAUAUCGCAAGUCAGAUAUCUUUGAGAUAUUGGCCGUCCUAUGCUACACAUGUAUUCCUCACAUUGAAUUGCUCCUUCAUGUGUGGUUCUUUUACAACUGGCGCUAUCUAUGGCCUUUUGCCGUGAUGUAUUGGACGUUUGCCUACUUUAUUGAUGUGGAUACGCCAUACACGGGUGGAACAGAUCGCUGGAGGUUCAUCAGGGAUUGGUCGUUUUGGAAGUAUUUCAGGGACUAUUUCUCUGCUGAACUCAUCAAAACAGCCGAUCUGGACCCCAGGGGAAACUAUCUCUUUGGUUACCACCCCCACGGUAUUUACUGCUAUGGCCUACUCCCAAACUUUAUAACAGACGUCAACAAUUUCUCUGGUCUCUUUCCGGGAAUCAAACUCCGCAUGACAACACUGGAUCUUAAUUGGAGUAUACCGCUCUGGCGCGAAUCCCAAAUGGCGUUUGGUGUCAUUUCGGUUUCUGCAAAGUCUUUGAAACAUGUCUUGACUAAAAAGGGGCCUGGAUGGAGUACCAUGGUUGUUGUAGGUGGUGCGGAUGAAGCUCUAUUGUCGUACCCGGGAACCAAUGAUAUUGUUAUCGACCGACGAAAGGGAUUCAUAAAGAUUGCAAUUCAGACUGGUGCCUCUCUGGUCCCCGUCUUUACAUUCGGCGAAAACGACUUGUUUUGGCAAGUAACAGACGCGAACGCUCCUUCUAUUCGGAAAAUACAGAAUAGCUUGACCAAAAAGAUGACCUUUUCGCUUCCCCUUAUAUGGGGUCGGUUUGGGCCUUUCCCACGCAAGGUUAAAAUCGUGUCUGUUGUUGGUGCGCCCAUACCGGUGACAAAGCAGGAAAAUCCUUCCCGCGAGUACGUUGCGGCGGUGCAUAAGCAAUAUGUAGACGCUUUGGUGAAACUGUAUCAUGACCACAAGGAUAAAUAUGCUGUGGAUCGGAUUAGCGAGUUGAAAAUUGUCAAGUAG